CACUUUUCAGCAGAUUUAUACAUUGCUUUUCUGGAAUAUCCUCAGAAAAACUGUAAUUUGCAUCCUGGGUCACCACUGUUCAGUGUGCUGCUCUGUGCUAUAAGUUGCCUUCUAUUCCAGAAUUUAGUACCAUAUAUAGUAUAUGUGCUAUUUGGAAGUGCAACUAAACAGUAUUGUUGAAUUUGAUGUUUAUAUGCCUGGCACAUCUCAUAGAAGCUGAUUUCUGCCAGUCUUCAAAAUCACUGUUGUCCAUGACUUUCUGCAUCAGAAUGAAUGUUUUGAAGAAGGUUUUUUUUUAAAAGGAGUCUAGUUCUUUGUUUUAAGCAAAGAAAAAUCCCAGUAGCAAUUAAAAUGCUGGAUCUUCCAAAGUUCUCUGAAGAGUCACGUUUCUACUAUGGGAAUAACUUGUCCAAGUUCAUCAAGGUUCACCACCUAGCAUAUGACCUUUUUUUUUUUGCAUAAGGCAACAGUAGAAUAGAUGUUCCACAUUUAAAUUGCUUGUCUGUGUUUCAAGAGGGUGCAAAAUUGUAGCAGUCAAAUGAUCUUUCAGGAACAUUGACUGUUAGUAAGAGCAAAGUUCAUAUGAAAACCAGAAUGUCAGCCCAAAUAAAAUAUGAAUAUUUUAUGAAGAACAACACUGUGAAGAAUUUGCCUCUUCUAAAAUAUAAACUGAUUUUUUUAGUUUUUCUUCUAAAUACUGAUGGUAGUAUAACUGUUGAAUUUGAACAUUGAGGUAUGCCAAAGCCCCGUGAAAGCAACUGGUUCUUCCUUUGCAUCACACAAAGUUCAAACUCAGAUAUGAAUGUCUAAUUUAAAAUAAAAAUGUGGCUAUUAUUAUAUUAAGACACUUUAUAAUAAAAACAUUUGUAGCUGACCAUCCCCAAAGUCUUCUAGAAACAAAUUUCUAAUCUCUCCUAAGUCUGUAUGUUUAUGAAUAAAGUAGUUUGUUGAAUUACUAGUAGAAAAUGAUUAACUGUUUGCUUCAAAUAUGAAAUUGAGUCAGCUUGAUUUUGUCAACAGGAAGAAGGUGGAGAGUGAUUAUGAUGCUCUUCAAGAACGACUCAGUACAUUGCCUGAUAAACUUUCUUACGAUAUCAUGGUACCAUUUGGACCUCUUGCCUUCAUGCCAGGAAAACUUGUCCACACCAAUGAGGUCACUGUUCUACUUGGGGACAACUGGUUUUCAAAAUGCUCGGCUAAGCAGGCUGUUGCCCUAGUUGAGCACAGAAAAAAACACGUAAGGAAAGCACUGGAUGAUUUGGAAAAAGUCAUGAAGAAUUUUGAAUCUCGAGUUGAAUUUACAGAAGACUUGCAGAAAAUGAGUGAUGAUGCCAGUGAUAUUGUUGACAUAAGAGAAGAAAUUGAAAAUGAUGAAAUUGAAACAAAAGGAAAAUACAGAACUGCUCACAAACCUCAUUCCAAACCAAAAAUAUCAAACACUUUUGAAGUUGAUUUUCAAGAAAAUGGACAUGAUACAAAAUCAGUGGGCCGUUUUCAGUCAGAGGAGGAACUGUGGGCACGCUUAGAAGAGCUUGAGAGACAAGAAGAGAUGCUUGGUGAACUUGACAGGAUGCCUGAUGAUACAGUUGAGAAAAAUGGAGAAGAUGCAACCUCUUCUGAAGAGGAAAAAGAAGAUAAGAGGACAGAUUUGAAUGGAGCAUACAGAGCAGAGGACUCUCUUUCUCAGGACAACUUCCAGAAAAAAAUAACAAAUCCAGAAUUGUUUGGACUUAAUGGCUCUGCUCAUUAUCACAGUGACGAUGAAGAUGACAUAGAUGUUGGAGAUUGCUCUAUUCCAACGAUAUUUUUCUCUCAUACAGUUGAACCUAAAAGGGUAAGAAUAAAUACAGGAAAAAAUACUACUUUGAAAUUCAGUGAAAAGAAAGAAGAGGCCAAGCGUAAAAGGAAGAACAGCAAUGGUAAUGGCCAUGCAGCUCCUGAACUGCCUAACAUCAAAACGCCAGCAGACAUUUACCGAGUCUUUGUUGAUGUUGUGAAUGGAGAAUAUGUCCCUCGUAAAUCAAUUUUGAAGUCUCGAAGCAGAGAGAAUAGUGUUUGCAGCGAUACCAGUGAGAACAGUGCUGCUGAGUUUGAUGACAGACGAGGAGUUCAGAGGAGUAUUAGCUAUGAUGAAGCUACUCAGAGUGACAACAGCGAAGGAAUAUUGGAGGAAGAGGAGGAGGAGGGGCAGCAGCAACUACCAAAAAAGCUUCCGUCCUCAUCAGGGACAUCUGAGGCAUUUUCUGGAACUGUUAUAGAAAAGGAGCCUUUGUCUCCCUCCUUAAUACCACACCCAGUCAUUGCUCACCCUAUCCUGCCUACCAUUCUGGAGAGAAAAUCAGAGGAAGUUUUGUCCGAAGCAUCAGAAGAAACUACAAAGAGGAUUUCAAAAUUCAAAGCUGCCAGAAUGCAACAGACUAAUAACUAGGUCUUGCCUAGACAACAAAAGUUUGAAUAUUAAUGCCUAGUUUCAUGUUUGUUGAGAUUAUGUAAAACUAUAUGCAUUGCACCUAGCUAGUUAAGAGGAUGUCCUAUGUUAAUUUGGCAUUGUUUAUCUUUUAAAACUCUAUUGGCAAUAUUAAAAAAAAAUCAAUGUUUAAACACUUCAGUAUUCAUCUUAAUUUGAUAAUUUCCUUGUAUGCUGUCAGCACCUUUGUAUAUGUUUGCCUUAUGAUAGCAGCACUUGGAUUAUUUUUCAAAAAAUGUUCCUUACAUUGUUUUGUGUUUAAACCUAAAUACAGGCAGUUCUCUACCAGCUGUGAUGUUCUACAUACCAUAUGGACCGUAUUAAAGAAACUUUUCACAUUUCAAGUAGAUUCAACAAUUAUACUACAUUACUUGCUUUGGUAUUUUAAAAAACACUUGUAUUCAUUGUUGUAGGUUUUGCAACUAGGUGUCUGCUAAGUUUGUUUUUUUCCUUCUAUCAAACCUCUCUGGUUACAGAUCUAUAAAAUGCUGGGUUCAUGUACAUUGCAGGGAAGUUUCUU